CCACCCUCAACUCAUCAACAUUUUUCUACAAAUACAACUAAGACAAUUGCUUCAUUUGUAUUCUCUUAUCAUACAAAACCAUCCCAUGAUCAGAAAUUCCAUGAGCUUGAAAAAGAAGCUCAAGCCUGCUCAGAUAGCAUGGAGAAGCUUCACAACCAAACUUCAAUCAACUCUCCACGUUCCCACCACCAUCAAAUCCAAAACCCAUCGCCUCCUCAAGUUUUUUUCUCAUCAUCUCUUUAUCCCCUUCAAGAAACGAUUUCUCAUUGCCAAAGCUUCCAUCCAUGGCCGCCGCCACCGUGGCUACCCCAACCAACACCGCUAUUAUAAACAUACUGAUCAGAAUAAGUUGGCGGCGAUAUACAUAGACCAGCUGUAUGCAGAAACAGAAACAAGCAGAUCAGGUAAGGCGGAGGUUGACGAUGGUGAUGAGAACAAGAGUGUCCAUAAUAGCAUCGAAGAUGCAUGGAACGCCAUUGUUGCUUCGUCUCCGCAUCUAAGGGGAGUGGAUGAGAGAGCGGAAGAGUUCAUCUUCAAGUUUCGGGAGGAUAUGAGGCUUCAGAAGGAAAGAUCAUAUCUUGAGUUCCAAGAAAUGUUGGCCAGGAGUGCAUGAUAUCAUUCUUUUUUUUUUCUUUAUGAAUUUUCAUAUAUACAUAAAUAUAUAUAUAUAUAUAUAUGUAUUCUUUUCUUUUCUUGUUUGUGGAGAUUUUUAUCUUACAGGUGCGUAUUGGGUAAUCUGAGAUGGGAAAAACUAGUACUGUGUGAAUCUGAAUAGGCUGGGAUUUCAUAUGCACGAGAAAUGUUUGAUUUUUUUUUUUUAAUUUAUUGGGAAUUCAAAGGUGAAAGGUUUCUUUCUUGAGUUCCAAACUGUGG